UCCCACCAUGGGCCUGGAACUCUAUCUGGAUCUGCUGUCCCAGCCCUGCCGUGCCAUCUAUAUCUUCGCCAAGAAGAACGGCAUAACCUUCCAACAGCACACAGUGGAGCUGCUCAAGGGUCAGCACCUCAGUGAUGCCUUUGCCAAGGUGAACCCCCUGAAGAAGGUGCCAGCCAUGAAGGAUGGGGACUUCAUCUUGACUGAGAGUGUGGCCAUCUUGCUCUACCUGGCACACAAAUACAAGGUUUCAGACAACUGGUACCCUCAGGACCUGCAGGCCCAUGCCCGUGUGGAUGAGUACCUGGCAUGGCAGCACACAACCCUGAGGAGAAGCUGUCUACGGGCCCUGUGGCACAAGGUGAUGUUACCUGUCUUCCUGAGGGAGCAAGUAGCUCCAGAGGUGCUAGCAGCCAGCCUUGCAGAAUUGGAUAUGACUCUGCAGUUGUUUGAGGACAAGUUCCUCCAGAACAAAGCUUUCCUUGCUGGGAACCACAUUUCCCUGGCUGAUCUGGUAGCCAUAACAGAACUGAUGCACCCCGUGGGUGCUGGCUGCCAAGUGUUUGAAGGUCGUCCUAAGCUGGCUGCAUGGAGUCAGAGAGUGAAGGCAGCGGUAGGAGAGGAACUCUUCCGGGAGGCUCAUGAGAUCAUCCUGAAUGUUAAGGACUGCUCUCCUGCCGACCUCACCUUAAAGCAGAAGAUGAUGCCUGGAGUGCUGGCCAUGAUCCGCUGAGCUCAGAAGCCUCACUCCCGUAUUUCCCAUGGCAGUUCACCAACCCUUUUCAUUUCAUUGUCCCACAAAAGUGACUUGCUCUAGUUGAAAUUCACCUUGAGCCUCCAGGCCAAGGUUCCAGCCCUAUCCUCUCUUCCAAGGCUGUCUGAAAGCCAUGAUAACAGCUCACAUCCAGAUUUCAGAUCACUGCACUUCUUUAUAAGUUUGGGUAAUAAACCUGGGCUCAGCCCAAACCUC